AUGACUUCGUGGACUAAGGAGCUAGACGAGGCAUCAGUGUUGGCCACAAAGGCAGGAUAUUGGCAUGUGGUCCUGUUCUAUUUACUAUGUGGAUUGGCGGCUAUACCUACCUCCUUCUUGGUUUUCUCACAGGUCUUCACAAAUGCAACUCCUCAGCAUUGGUGCGCGCCACCACCAGAACUUGACUCCUUGAAUCUCUCCGACGAAGUUCUUCGUUCUUUGACUGUACCUGAGGAUAAUGGGGUCUACCAAUCUUGCAGAGCGUAUACUGUGGAUCCUAGGGCGUUGUAUGCGGCUUUAAACGAUUAUAUCGACGAAAGGUCAGAGUUUAUCAGGGAAGGUGGUGCUCUGAGAAUGGUGUUGAUUCGACAAUUGGUUCCAGCUGUAGGAGAAGCGGAAAGAAAAAAACAGAUUUCAAGAGUGACUGAGGCUAUUCUUUCAUUAAGAAGCAAGGAGACAGAACCUUGCGCACAUGGUUGGAGAUACAGCACGGAACACUAUUUGAGAACGCUCGUUACCGAUUUUUCCUUGGUCUGCGAUCAGGAGUGGAUGCCGCGAACCGGUAACACUCUCUUCUGGGUGGGGUCAAUAUUUGGAAAUCUAAUUUUCGGAUGGAUGUCAGACAGGUACGGUCGUAGACCAACAAUACUACUGAUGAUACUGCUGGAAGUGCCCUUAGCCAUAGCUGCAUCUUUUCCCAAUACUUAUUGGUCUUAUGCUGCUAUCAGGAUAGCUGGUGGACUAUUCUUUCCCGCGUUGUAUCAACAGCCCUUUAUAUUAGCUUUGGAAUUAAUGCCACCUAAGAAAAGACCACAUACUGGUAUCGUGGUUGGAAUGCUAUUUGCCAGCGGAAUGUGUUUAUUAGCUUUAUUGGCUUAUGCUAUAAGAGAUUGGUUUUACUUAUCUCUUGCGACAAGCCUACCGUUUGUGUUUCUCUUUGGUUAUUAUUGGCUCAUACCGGAAUCUCCGAGGUGGCUUGUUGGUCGCGGCCGCAUAGCAAAAGCCGAGAAAGUAUUUAGGGACUUAGCGAAAAAAAAUGGAAUAGAUCUACCUCGCGGAUUUCUUCUGGAUCUUCACAAAAAAAUUAAAGAUGAAGAAUCUGAAGUAACAAUGCUCAAUAACAUGAAUGGGCAUCUUACUAACUUUUCUGAUAUACCAGAAAAGGAAGACUACGACAGAAGAAUAAGUAAUAUGCUUACUUUUAAACCAGAUCUUAGCAGAAUAAAUGAAUUAGAAGAACCAAACAAAGUUGAAGAUUUAGAAAGAAUAUUAGCCCUUCAAGUUGCUGAGAUAGUAAACAAGAAAGAUAAAUUAAAAAAAGAAAUGGAAAAUAUGCAUGAAGAGUCAAAAGAAGAUGGCUCUAAUGAUGAAUCUCGAUUAAAUCUUGAUGUAAUACAAAAGUCAACUCAAACUGACCCCUAUAGAAAAUCUCCAACAAAUACGUUAAGAAGAAAAUCUAUACAAAUAGUGACUAGAAUAUUUAUAACAGAUGACGCCGAAGAAGAUGCUAUAGAUAAUAAAAGAAUGGAUGAUCAGAACUCAGAAGGAGAUUGUAAAGCUUCUCCCCUAGAUGUUUUCAGAUAUCCUAAUAUUCGGAGGAAGUUUUUUCUUUUAACUUUUAACUGGGUAGCAUUGGGCGUUGUAUAUAAUAGUUUAAGUUAUAAUACACCUAAUUUAGGCGUCGAUGAUUACUUAGCUUUCUUUAUAGGAGGAGCAGUAGAACUUCCGUCGUAUUUUAUUGCAUGGCGGUGUAUGGACCGAUAUGGUCGCCGAUGGGUGCUCUGUAUCUUUAUGAGUAUUGGAGGAUUAGCUUGCAUCAGCUGUAUACUUGUACCUGAAACAUGGCCAUGGAUCACCGUUUUUUUGGCAAUGUUUGGUAGAUUAUUCAUCGCAGCAUCAUUUGCAAUUUUUUAUGUGCAAAUUGGCGAACUGCUACCAACUGUCUUAAGAGCACAGGCGAUGGGUGCAGCUUCUUUCAUAUCAGGACUAGGACUUCUCGCAUGCCCUUACAUUGUGUUCUUGCUCAUAGUGAUGGGAAUUCUUAGUAUGGCAGCUGCUAUUACGUCGCUCUUCCUACCUGAAACUUUAAAUCAACCUCUUCCGCAAACAUUAGAGGACGGAGAAACAUUUGGAAGAGAUAUUAAACUGUUAAGCUGUGUUAAAAACCCGAAGAAAUGCACUCGAAGUGAUUUAGAUUAA